AUCUUUAAAACUAUUUGAAAAACAAACAAAUUGAAGAAAAAAAAAAAAACUUAAAGAAGAGAAAUACCUCCAGAGAAAAUGCUUAUCAGUGACAUUGUUUAUUUAAUAUUCUUGAUGGUUUUAUUAUUUAUCAUCAUUUAUAAGGGAUUCUCGUUUAGUUCUCGUUCGAACGAACAAGAUGGUAAUUUUAAUGCUACACGAGAUGAAUUAUAUUACAAUCGUCACUGUCUGCCAGGAACAGAUCGCCAGGGUAAUAACUUUGCAGUGCCGGAUGAAACGGGCAGAGACACUCGCUACAAUGACAUAUUCUUUAUUGAACCCAACAGUCCGGAAGCAGCACGGAUACGUUCACAAUUGGAAAAAGACGACAAAGAUUUGCCUUCAUAUGACGAAGUUAUGCGCAUGACAAAUUUGUCUACACCCACAGCGGCCCCAGCCGCCGAUAACUUUGUACCCGCCAUGCCCAGUGCUCUGUCGAUGGCCGCCUCUAGUUCAAGCGUCAAUACCACCGAUACCACACUGUCUGUGCCGCCCUAUAAUGAAGCUAAUCCCAAUGUAUCGUCCAGCGUACGGCCUCUGACACCGCCCCCUUAUACACCUGAACCCAUAGGAGCCACGGUUGUCUUGCCAAUUACCACUCCACUGCAUUCCCAACAGCAUACACAAAGCUCAUGAAGCACAUUAUUUUUGGAGAGACUAAAGACCUAGCGUGUGUGGAUUCUGUGUAGUGGAUCCAGUGUGGAUAGUGUUGUUUUUCUAGUUUAUAGUUAUGAAACGAUAUUUUUUUAUUUUUAUUUACUUAUUAGCAUUUUAAAUCGAAACAAAACUAUUUUUGGCUUUAAUUAUAAAGAAAAACAAAACAAGUACUUUACAUAUUUAAUUGUUCCUGAUCUUUUUUUUUCUUCCAUAUUUUUGUUUUCGUUAAUUUUAUUGUAAAUAUAUACUAUACAUACAUAUAUAGUUUUUAUUAUUGUAAUUUUUAGGAGUAUGUUAUUGAAAAUAUAUUUUUUUAAAUUUAAUAAAGUAGAAACUAAUAGAUUUAAGUUUUAUAAAAUAAUCAACUAAA